AGAGUGAUUCAACACCUAAAAUUCAUAAAGCAUAAGUGUGGCAUCUUUAGAAGCUCUAUCUCCCCUCCAAACAAGCCCCACCAAAAACACACAAAAAGAGAUCAUCACACAAUUGAAUUCAUCCAUCCAUCUAUAUAUAAAACACACACACACACACCACACAACACACAAAACACACACUCCCAACCACAAAACUCACAUUCACUUCUCACUUUCCCAAACUUCCAAAAUGAAAGUUUUGAUAUUCCUAAUGAUGUUUCUAUCUAUAUUGCUAGAAACAAAAGGGAGCAAUAACCUAGUAGAAACAACAUGUAAGAACACACCAAAUUAUGAACUAUGUGUGAAGACUUUGGUUUCAGACAAAAGAAGUGGAAAUGGAGACAUAACAACAUUGGCAUUAAUAAUGGUGGAUGCUAUUAAAUCAAAAGCUUAUGAAGCUGCUAUUACUAUUUCUAAACUUAGAAGAUCUAAUCCCCCUCAAGCUUGGAAACUUCCCUUGAAAAAUUGUGCCUUUUCAUAUAAGGUAAUUCUAACAGCAAGUAUGCCAGAAGCAAUAGAAGCAUUAACAAAAGGUGAUCCAAAAUUUGCAGAAGAUGGAAUGGUAGGUUCAUCUGGUGAUGCACAAGAAUGUGAAGGUUAUUUCAAAGCUACUACAAAUAAAUACUCACCACUUACUAAAUUAAAUGUUGCUGUUCAUGAUCUUUCUGAUGUUGGUAGAGCUAUUGUCAGAAAUUUAUUAUGAUGUUAUUUGUUAUGUGUGUGUUGCUGUAUGAUAUGAUAGUGAUGUGUGUUCACAAAUUAGUGACAUGUGUAAUGAACUAUGAACCCUCUUAAUUAUGAGAAAAGAUAUAUCAUGAGAUAUUUGUACAAGUGUAACAAUCUUAUCCAAUAUAUAUAUAUAUAUGUUGUCCUCUUCUAUAGGAAAA